AUAGUGGCCUUCCUGUUCUCAGAGUGUAUAAGCACUAUACAUAUACGGACCGAGAAACAUCAGCAGCCGUCGAGGACACCCACGCCAUUCCACUGUGUUGAGCAGCGUGAUCUGCAGGAUUGUGCCCAUUGCACCGAAAACGCGUGUUAUGUAUAUCGAAGUGCAUCCGAGCUGUGAGAAACUGUCCAUGGGCAUUGGGCAUCCGCUCCGUAUCACCAUAAAACAUUGGAAGCAACUGGUCAAAGAAAACGGGAGCGAAGAUGUCCUUCGUCAAGGUCCUCGCGACAUUUGUAUUCUCCUGGGCCUUUGUGCAGCACAGCAGCGCCCAAGGACCAUACCCUGGACAGAUCAAGAAUCUCGUAACGUUUGGCGACUCCUACUCAGACGUCGUGAAUACCGGAGACAACGCCACCGCGUGGCCUGUCUAUGCGGCGAUGUACGGCGGCUUCACACUGUAUCCGUACGCGAAGGCGGGUGCGACUUGCUCGAAUUACCUCACUCCACGGCUGUUCCCAUCGGUCUUCGAGGACGAGCUGCCGCUAUACUUCACGCAGAAAGAGAACGGCUCGUUAGAGCUUGAUCCGACGUCCACAAUGUACACGCUCUGGAUCGGGACGAACGAUGUCGGUGUGGGAGAGCUCAUCACAGGACAGCAGACAGCGGGAGUUACGCUUGUGAACACCGUUUCCUGCGCGGUCGAAUGGGUAAACGUCCUGUAUCUGAGCGGCGCCAGGAACUUCGUCUUCCAGAACAUGUUGCCUCUGCAAGAUACGAUCCUGUAUUCGGCCAACUCGUACCCGAACAGAUACUGGACAGAGCAGCGUAACACCACUGAAUGGAACGUUUUCAUGACGGAGAUGACCAACACAGGCAACGCCCUAUCGCGCGCGAUGCUGACGGCCUUGGCGCCAACGCUUGAAGGCGCACAUCUCGGUAUCUUCGACUCGUACGGCUUGGUAUCGGAUAUCCGAGCAUUCCCGCAGAACUAUCUAAAUGGGAGCGUACCGUACAACGUGACAGGGUGCAUCAACUCGUGCGUUUUCCAGCUCAACGAGAGCACGUCGGGUACGCCAGACUGUACGGUUGCCGAGGGCACUGCGCGGGACAGUUUCCUGUGGUACGACGAGUUGCAUCCGUCUGAACAGACCGAUAGGGUUAUCGCACGAGAGCUGGCGGCGGCGAUCGUCAGGAACUCGUCCCAGUGGAUUACGUGGCUCAUCUAAGAGACCAAUGGAUGUAAUCUACGAUAGACUGCAGCACAUGUCGUAGGCACGACGAGUUGCGUCCAUCUGGAU